GCAGGAGCUGCAGGGUGUGUGUCCCACCCAGCACUUCCAGAUGGAGCUUAGUGACACAGCACAGGUGUCAGGUCAGGACGGGUGCUGCUAAUCCUGGCAGCGUUAGGUAACCUGCAGGGCCAGGACAGCCAUGUAGGGUGGGAUUGGGACAGCCCCCACUGUUCUGGGGGGCAGGAGGAAGCCAGAAACCUCCUUCAGGAGCAUCAGGCAAUGCUCACUCAGAGCUCAUGGAGCAGCUCAUUUUUCUCAUUGUUACUCUGAUGGGGCUCAGGUUGGAGCUGCUCCCAUGUCCCACCUGCAGGUCCCCUCAGGAUCCCCCUGCUUAGCCCUGAGUGCUGCCAAAUUUCAAGGUUUUGGGGUUUAGCAGUUGGAUAUCUGUUGGUUUGCCACUCUGCUGCUGGUGGGAGUGAAAACAUCCAUGUGGGUCUGGCAGGAUUAAAUUUCCCAUGGAUUUGGGCACCUCCUGCCUCACCUGCAGCUCCCUGAGGGUCUGGCUUGGUGUUCCCUGUGGGGAAGGGAUGUUGAGGAGGGGCUGGGUGAGGAGCAGAGCUCUGGGAGUGGAGUUCUGGCUUCCCAGCUUGGUUCCUGCCCUCAGCAAAACAUCACGUGGCAGAUCCGGGGGAGAGACGUCAGAGUUUGCUGCUCCUAAAAUAUUUCUGGAAGUGUCUUUAUAAACACAGUGGAGCCACAGGUCGUGGCUGACCUUGGGUCAGGAUUUGGCCCUAACAAAGAGAAUUAUUUCCUCUUUCUGCAGCAUGUUCAGCAGGAUUGAAAUCUGACAAAAUAAGGGAAUUAAAGCCCCAUAAAUUCCAGUCUGGAACUUUAAAUGGAUCCGGUUUUGCUGCUCCACAGUUGGUUCUGGUGAACUCUUUAAAUUCAGCGUUCCCAGUGGUUGAUUCCUCCCAGGAUGGAGCUGAGAAACACUGAGCUCUUGGACCUUGUGAAUUCCUCCCUCAGUUUCCUGAUUUUUCUGAUGUUGUCAGGGGUGCAGUCCUGCCUGCAGAAGGCUGGGAUGCUCCACAUGCUCCUGGUGAGUCCCUUCCCAAACCUUGAUGGAGUUGGAGUUGCCCUGGGAGAGGCUGUAGGCAGCAAGAGCGAGGAGGCUCCGGGAGGUUUGAUGACUUUUCCCCUCAUUUUGGAUGGACAUUUGGUGUGAGAGGUCUGAAUUCCCGUUAGGAAGGAUUUGCAGGCUGCCAGGAUGGACCAAACCCAGCUUUGCCCCAUUCCCGAGGCUGGAACUGGGCAGACUGCUCUGCCUGGAAGGCUGGAGGUUUGUGUCAGCGUUGGGUGGAUCUGUUGGCACUUUGGAAUGGAGCUUUCACUGGGUUCCCAUGGGUGUGUGACCAUGGAAUUCUGUUUGCAUGAAGCUCCAGCUCCUUCUGGUCCCAUGGAGGUGUGACUCCAGCACAGCUGAUCACUCCUCACUCCUGUCAGGAGCAUUGCUGUGCUCAGGCCCUGUGCAAACGUGGGGAGAUAUUUGUUAAAAGCCCUGCUGAUGUGUCCUCCAAAGAGCUGUUGGGAUCACAACAACCGGGCUUAGCCCUAAAUUCAUGUUUUGCACACAUUUCUGAUUGGAAUGUGCCAGGAACGCUCACUUUGGAUCACAUCCAGCUGUGCUGCACCCCCAUGCACUCCUGGGGGUUUGGGGUGUGCCUGCUCCAUUGCUGGGGGAUGGAUUUGCAGCUGUGCAUCUCCUGGGGCUCAUAUUUCCCACCUCUUCUGGAAGGAGGGAAGAGGAGAGAGCAUUUCCCUUCCACAGGGAAAGGAAAUAAUCAAUAACUCUGGGCUGGGGACAUUUCUCUGUCCAAUCCCUCAAUAAAUCUCCAACAAUCCAACACCUCCUCCUUGGACCCAGAGUUUCCCAGCUGUGUUUUCCCUGGCAUUUUUGUGCACGAGGGAGUUUGGAAUGCCGUGGAUGAGGGGGUGGGAUGUGCUUCUUGUUCCCUCCCCAAACCUCUGCUGUGCCUGCUGAGUGUUCAUUUGCAUUGGAAUUCCACACCCACCUGCAGGGAGCUUCACCAGCCAGUCUCAUCCUGGAGCUGCUCCUUGCUCCUGCAACUCCUGCCAGGGAUUAGAGGAUCCAAACCUGCGCCUCCUAAUUAGGGAUGUUCCCUAAAUUGCUGGAGUAAAAGCAGGAAUCGCUGCCAAAUCCCGCUCCAGGAAUGUGCUGGGCUUUGGCAUCGCAGUGAAGGAAUCCAGAGGUUUUUUUUUUUUUUCUGGGAGGAGGAACUUAACAACUCGAUUGUGGGGAUGGUGUUUCUCCAGCAAAGCCAAGAGAUUCCAGGUUAAAGUCUGGAUGCUUGUGGGGAGUUGUGCUGUUAGGGAAUUUCACCCAUCUUUAAGGAUAAUCUUGGAAAAAAAAAAACAUUUCAAGGCACCAGGGGGGUUUUGCCUGUCUGUAGGGAUAAUUCUGAAAAAGAGACUUUAUUUUUCAGGCAGCAGGAAAACAACCAGGUUUGUUCAUAUUCCACACAAUCCUGAAAUUUGUUCUUACACCUAAUACACCAGCACCUCCUUCUCCCAGCCUUCCCAGAUUUUCUCCUUCCAAAUUUUCAGCUCAGCAUAAAUUCCUGUUCCUUGAUGGCAGAAUUUUUAUCCCAUCCUUCAACUGCAAAGCACCAAACUCCACGGAGCACUUUGCCCAUCUGGACUCCCACAGAUGAGGCUGCUCUUCCUUUCUCUCUCUGCCCCUAGGAAUGCAGAAAAUCAGGAUUUGAAGGCAUGGCAGGAGCACACACCUUCCUUCCACAGGCUCAGAACCCGACAAAAUCCAGAUUUGUGGAAUAGAUCUGUGGUUUUAUUCCCCUCUGGGAAGGAGCUCUGGACUCAAAGGAGCUCUGGAGUGGAAAGGAACUCUGUCUGGACAUUGAUUUUGUCUGACAGAGCAAUUGGGAUUGUUUAAUUUGUUUUUUUUUAUUUUUAUUUUUAGUUUUUAAAAUGUAUUUUCCUUAGAACACAUCUAAUUCUAGCAUUUUGUCCUUACUUUCCUUUCCCUGCCUCACAGCUGGGGUGCUUGGAGUGGGAUGGGGCUGGGAUUUACUCCCUGUAAAUGCACAAGACAAACUUCUUGCUUUCUCAUUGCUCCCAAAUAUUCAUUUAUUAUAUCAUUUACUCCUAAUUUACAAAUAAAACUCCACCUCCUUAGAGAUGAGAACUGAGUUUAGCUCAUGAAUUUUCCGAGGAAAUGCUGUUUACAGCAAAUCGGGCGUUGUUCUCCCAAUGAAAUUCAUUCACUGCUGGAAUGAACCAGCAAUCCUGGAGCACAGUUCAUUUUUGGGGGAUGGUUCAUUGACCCCCUGAGCUCAUUCCCACCUGCCAUCCAGGUGUGCUCUCGGUGUCAUUCCCAGGUUGAUGCCGAGGAGCCGAUCCGGUGCCGCUGACUCCGUCUGGCCUUGGCUAUGGACAUCGUCCUGUCGGAUUUUGUUCGCUCAACGGGGGCAGAGCCAGGGCUGGCCAGAGACCUCCUUGAAGGCAAGAACUGGGACCUGAGCGCGGCGCUGAGCGACUUCGAGCAGCUGCGGCAGGUGCACGCCGGGAACCUCCCGCCCCCCUUCGCCGAGGGCCGCGGCGCCCGGCCCCCCGAGCGCGACGUGGCGCGGCCAGGGCGGCCCCCCCUGCAGCGCCAGGAUGACCUGGUGCAAGAGAAGCGUCUGUCCCGUGGUAUCUCCCAUGCCAGCUCCACCAUCGUGUCCCUGGCCCGUUCCCAUGUGUCCAGCAAUGGCAGCAGCAGCGAGCACCUGCUGGAGAUGCCCAUCUGCACCUUCCAGCUGCCCGACCUCACCGUGUACUCCGAGGAUUUCCGCAGCUUCAUCGAGCGGGAUCUCAUCGAGCAGUCCAUGCUGGUGGCACUGGAGCAGGCUGGUCGUCUCAACUGGUGGGUGACCGUGGAUCCGAGCUGCCAGCGCCUGCUGCCCCUGGCCACCACUGGUGAUGGGAAUUGCCUGCUCCACGCUGCCUCCCUGGGUAUGUGGGGCUUCCACGACCGGGAUCUCAUGCUCAGGAAAUCCCUCUACACCCUGAUGGACAAGGGCGUGGAGCGGGAAGCGCUGAGGCGGCGCUGGCGCUGGCAGCAGACGCAGCAGAACAAGGAGUCUGGCCUGGUUUACACAGAGGAGGAGUGGCAGAAGGAGUGGAAUGAGCUGAUCAAGCUGGCGUCCAGCGAGCCCCGCGUGCACUACGGCUCCAACGGCGGCGGCUGCGGCGGGGUGGAGGGUUCAGAGGAGCCGGUGUACGAGAGCCUGGAGGAGUUCCACGUCUUUGUCCUGGCCCACGUGCUGAAGAGACCCAUCGUGGUGGUGGCAGACACCAUGCUGAGGGACUCAGGUGGUGAAGCAUUUGCCCCAAUUCCCUUUGGAGGGAUCUAUCUGCCCCUGGAAGUCCCAGCCAACAAAUGCCACCGGUCUCCACUGGUUCUGGCUUAUGACCAAGCUCAUUUUUCUGCCCUGGUCUCCAUGGAGCAGAAGGAAAACUCAAAAGAUCAAGCUGUGAUCCCCCUGACAGACUCUGAGCACAAGCUGCUCCCCGUGCACUUCGCCGUGGACCCCGGGAAGGAGUGGCAGUGGGGGAAGGACGACAGUGACAAUGUCAAGCUGGCCAGCGUGACACUGUCACUGGAGGCCAAACUGCACCUGCUGCACAGCUACAUGAAUGUCAGAUGGAUCACGUUGCCUUGUGACAUGCAGGCACCUCUGGCUCAGCCAGAAUCACCCACGGCCUCCGCGGGCGAUGACGCUCGCUCGGCAGCGGAGUCGGGCGAGUCGGACAAGGAGUCAGUGUGCAGCAGCUCUGCCAGCAACGGGGGCACCAGGGCAGGCAAGGACAGGGAGAAACCAAAGAAGGAGAGGGAAAAGGAAAAGGAAAAGGAUAAAAAACGGGCAGAUUCAGUAGCCAACAAGCUGGGAAGCUUCGGGAAGACUCUGGGCAGCAAACUAAAAAAGAACAUGGGGGGCCUGAUGCACAGCAAAGCCGUGAAGGGCGGCGUGAGCAACGGGCAGGGAGACACCCUGGAGAAGAAGAAGAAAGGAUCCCUGAAGGCACGGAAAGACAGCAAAGAGGAAUGUUCCCCGGGAGAUUUGGCUCCUGCAGAGAAGACUUGUGCAGGUAAAGCAGCCCUGGAGAAGGCCUCGGAUCCCUACAAGUACAGCAGCGACGUGCGGCUGAGCCUGAGCAUCCUGCGCGCCGCCAUGCAGGGCGAGCGCAAGUUCAUCUUCGCCAGCCACCUCAAGACCAGCACCCGGCACCAGUUCCAGGAGGAGAUGAUCCAGAGGUACCUCCUGGAUGCUGAGGAGCGUUUCCUGGCAGAGAAGAGGCAGAAGGAGGCGGAGAAGAAAGCGCUGGGCGGCGCUGCCCCGGCCAAGAGGCCGGAAGGGGAGGUGGGUGCCCAGCGCAGCGAGGAGGCGAUGCCAAGCCCCGUGUUCUGCCAGCCACCCCCCACCUACCCCCCCCAGCCCCUGGAGCCGGCCGUGGGUGCUAAAAUAGCUGCAUUUCCAGCUGGCUAUUCUGGUGUUUUCACCUUCCCCAGGCCCUCCAUGGGCAGUGCUGAGGGGCUGCACCCACCCGCGUGCCCCGAGGGCCGGCGGCAGCUGGCGGGGGGGCCCUGUGGGAGCCUCCCUCCCUAUGCCACCCUGCCCCGGCACCACCAGGGCCGGCUCGGCCCCUGCCCUCCCGGCCCUGCCCACCUGGGCCGGUUCUCCCCCACGGACAUGGACAUCCAGCCUCCCUUCCCUUCGGAGUGCGAGGGCUCCGGCUGCCUCCCCCCGCACAGCAACGGCUGCCGGGAGCUCCUCGAGCAGGACAAGGGAGGAACGGCGGAUAAAAUGAGAAGCCAAGCCCUGUACAACAUCCAGCAGACCAAGUGCAAACAGCCCAACUGCAGCUUUUAUGGACACCCAGAGACUGGGAAUUUCUGUUCCUGCUGUUACAAGGAGGAGCUGCGGCGCAGGGAGCGGGAGGCGCUGGUGCACAGGUUCUGAGGCUCCCCCUGUGCACAUCCGGACCCCUGGCACGUGGGGAAUGCAAUAACAGAGAUCCCGUUUUGGUUUUAAACCCACCCACGCUCCUCUCCCACUCUGCAGGAGGUGGGAGCAGCCGUUGGGCUGGGAGUGGCAUGGGGCUGCUGGGAUUGAUGGGGUGCAGGAGGGAGAGAGGGGGGGAAAGCAGCCCCUGCUUUCCUGGAGCUCCUGCAGGGGAGGAGAAGGAUUCCCAGGGGUGCCUGGGGACAGUGGGGGCUGCUCGGGUCGGAGCACAGGGUGAGGGGGGAGAAUUCCUCAAAAACUCAAUAAACCAGACCAAAGCUUUGGGAGUGGGCAGGGGGAGCAGCUCCCACCAGGUCCUUCCCACUUCCUGACCACCUGGGACGGAGCAAAAAUGCCCCAUUUUGAACGUCACAAACCUUUUAAUGGAGUUUUUUAACACUGGUUUUAUUCUGUAUUUCUUCUUGCUGGUACUGAGCGACACCGUGUUGGAGUUGGACAUUGAUGAGGUGAGGUGGUUUGGAUGCCCCCCACCCAGUCCUGGAUGUCCCUGAGCACCAGGACAGGCUCAGGGCUCUGUCCCCUCCUCUCCUCCCCAUGAGCUGAACUCUGGUUUUAAAAUGUUGUUUUUAAACUCUUUUCUGAGGCGGGGGGAGCCAGGGGGACUCCCAGAGCUCAAGGGAUUGGAGGUUUCUCUUCCUGUGCAGAACCCCCAGCCCACAGGAGAGCUGAGGUGAGAUCCUGGGUCAGCAUCUCCUGCCAGGAAUUCCCAGUGGCCUGGGGCAAAUCCCCCAGGAAUAUCCACUGGAAAAGGGGUCCCAGAGCACCCCCAGUCCUGAGGUGGAGCUGGGGGGGUCACAGCCCCACGUAACUCCUACUUGAGCACAGCUACUCUGUACUACCUCUGAUCCUGAUUAACUCGGCUCCGUUGUGCUGAGCCACCAACUGACCUUUAGGCUGCGGAAUUAAUCCAUAUUUUUGAUAACAGGGCUAAAAAGCAGAACAUUAAGGUAAAAUCCUCCCGUGACUAAUGUUCCUGACCCCAUCCCAGCCCCCUGGCUCCCAGGGUGGGAUUCACUUUAGCACUGCGAUGUUUGCACAGAAUUCCUUGGGUUUUUUGGGGUUUUUUUUUGGUUUGUUUUUUUUUUUUUGGUAACUGCAGCUCCCAAACCUGGCCUGAUCCUGCACGAGGUGAGGUGCAGCAUUUCCUAUCACACGGAAAUAAAACAGGAGUUCUAUCCUUCAGCCAGAGCUUUACAACAUACCCUCGUUUCUAUUUUUGGGUUGAUUUUCCAGAAGGCAUCAAACUAUGCAACCCCUUCCUGCCCAUGGUCGUUUCCAGGAGAAGGGAUGAGGCAGAGGAGCUGAAAGUGAGCUUGGGGGAUCACCUGACGCCUUAGACUUGGCCCUAAAAAUGUUAACUUAGACCUAAAAACCCUGAGUUAAGGCCUUUCCCACAUGCAAAUGCCCCCAAAUAAGGCCUUUCCUGGUGGGAUCCAAACACUUUGAGUCCAGCCAGCAAUUCUCCUUGUCUGCAGAUUCUCAAAUCCGAAUUUCACGCACCCCAGGGAUGGUUUGACUCCAGUGUAAGUUGUUUUCCCUGGUUUUAUAAAAUCCCCGAGCGUGGCUGAAGCUGUGGGAAGGGGAGGUGUGACACCCACUCCAGCUGGCUCCUCUUACCUGGGAACAAAUUCCACUUUUCUCCCUCAAACUGCAGGAAUUCCAAUGGACUUCAACCCCAGGCAGGGACAUGCAGUGCUGGUUAAGCAGCACAAGCUCUGCCCCCACUUUGGUUCACCCCAAAUUUUAAGCCGAGAUGGUUAAAACCCAACCCAAACCCUUCACUAUUUAUAGACACUUGGUUUUAAAUUCCACUUUCUGAUGUUUAUUUUUCCCAAAAUCGGAGCAGCAGCUUUAUUUGGGCGUUGGGAAUAUCCUCUGGAGCAGGGAUGCCGCAGGGCACGGGAGGGCAGGGGGAGGAGAUGCUUCAGCUUUUGGGGGAAUUUCUCUCCUCUUUGGUUAACUCCAUCCCAGUGGGGAUGGGAUGCUCGUUGGUGUGGGAGGAGAGAAAGAGGGGAAAAAGCAGAAAAUCUGUGGGAAAAGCACCAGUGCUGGAGGAAAAACUCCAAAACUGGAGGAGAAGCACCAAACCCUUCCCCAGGAGGGAUUUUUCCACGGGGAGACUGUGGUGUGACCCCAAGGUCAAACUAAGUGCACUUACUGGUGUGGUUGGAAUUCAAAUUGCUGCCAUCGGAUCCUGGCGGAGGAAAAGUUUGUCUUUCAGCGCGUGUAAAACCCGUUAAUGAGAUUUAAUUUGAUUUUAUUAAACGAGAUUCACCUUCGCCAUUCCCCGGCCCCUCGGCGGAGGAGCUGGGGCAGCUUUGGGUCUCACUAACGCGACACCGAGUGACCUGAAUUAAUUCUGCAGUGGUUUAUUCACAAAAAAAAACUCCUUUUUUUUUAAUUAAUUCCGGAUUAAUUGGUGAUGUUUGGCCUCCUGGUGAACAGGGCCAGAGCGUUGCACUUGGGCUGUACCUGUGGCCUCGUUGUGGCACCACAGACUCAUUGACAAUAAAAACCUUCAGCUGAUGCA